AUGCCUUUGGGUUUCUUUGGUACCAGUAGCAGUGGUGUUAAACCUCAACAAUUGGCCAAUCCCAUUGAAGAUUCAGUAACACAGCAAACCGAUGAAAUACAAUCAGAGAAUGAAACUUUUAACUCUUUUUUUUUUCAAGGAUGUUCGGGCGCUUCCGAAAGUCGAGAUUCACGCGGUGCUGUCAUCAAACUGCCCAAACAUACAGUUACGAUUGACCGUAAACUUGCUGAAGGUGGAUUUGCGAUAGUAUAUUUGGUUAGCGAUAAAACUAAUCGUCAAUAUGCACUGAAACGGCAGUUCAUAAGUGACGAUACGCGACAGCUGGAAGCGUGCAGACGAGAAUGUCGCAUUGUGAGUUGCUUGGCUAGUCAUAAAAAUAUUGUCGAAUAUGUGGAUCAUUCAGUUGUGCGCAAUCGUUCCGGUGUUUACGAAUAUUCCUUACUGACCACUUAUUAUAAAACUAGUGUUCUUCAGUUAAUAAACGACCGCAUUAUGGCGGGGCGUUGUCUUUCGGCGAACGAAAUUCUAGCAGUUUUUUGCGAUAUGUGCGAAGCAGUUGCGCGGCUGCAUCACUCUCAAACACCCGUGAUUCAUCGUGACCUCAAGGUGGAAAAUGUUUUAAUUGAUAAUCGUCGACGAGGUUCCCCACCGAUUUAUGUCUUAUGCGAUUUCGGAAGCGCCACAACAAAGAUACUUUCAACAGAGUCUUAUUCAAUGCAGUAUAUUGAAGAAGAAAUUCAACGUUACACAACGUUAAGUUAUCGUGCACCAGAAAUGAUUGAUCUAUAUUCAAAUAAACCUAUAGGUACCAAAAUAGAUAUUUGGGCGCUUGGUGUGAUGUUAUAUAAGAUGUGUUACUUUAUGUUGCCGUUCGGUGAGAGUGCACUUGCGAUUCAGAACUGUGCUUACUCAUUUCCAACAGAACCGCAAUACCCCGAUGAACUACGUGCGAUCAUAAAAGUGCUUUUGGAAGGUGACAUAGCGAAAAGACCGGAUAUUUUUCAAACUGCCUCGUUGGCAUUCGAGGCCCGUUCAAUGCGUUCACCUGUUGGAAAUUUAAAUGUUUGUUUGUUUUUUGGUGAAUGUCCACAAUCAUCUCAAAGUCAACAACAACCAACGCAAUCCCCAACAAUUCCUUCAUCGUCUAUUCAAAAAUCUUCUGAUUCGCCUCCAGCUCUAAUUAAAACUUUCGAACAGAAGGGUUCAUCAACAGCAGCAAGUGCAACAAAUUCACAACCAAUAAUUGUGAAUAUCAACCCACGUUUAAGACCAAAACCAUCGAAUCACCAGAUUGCUUUUCCAACCGUAGGCGGCAGUACACCGGGUCUGAUUUGUUCAUCAUCGGUGGUGGCUCAAGCAUCGAAAUCAGGCGAUCAAACUGAUGCGAAAAACAUAUGCCCAUCUCUAUUAACUACAGCCAUUCGCCAAGCCAGUGAAGCCAAAACCGCUGAUCAUCCGCUUGGCUUCACGGAUCUGGAGGAGCAAAUUCGAUGUGCUACCACCGUAUCUUCAUCAUAUUCAUCUGCUGCUGCUGGUAGUAGUAGUAGUGGUGGAGCUGCCCUAGGUGCUACUCCAGCAGUACGUGCAUAUAUUGUCGUCGAUAAAAACAAUAUUGCAACAACAACAACAAAUAGUAAUAAUAAAUUUGAGAAUGAAUCUGAAUCAAAUAGAAGUGGAAAUACUGCAAAUUCAAACAUGAAUGAGAAUCAGAAACGAAAACUGGACGAUAAAAAUGCGAAAACAGCAACAACAGUGAAACAGAAUCAGUAUCAUUUAUCAAUUCAUGCAUCAGCCCCACAACUGUUCCAUGAGCCAACUACACAAACAGGUAGUGGUGAUGGUAAUAGAGGAAUGAUCGCGAGAGGUGUUCUGGCUGCUGAUCAAUUCAGUAAUCACGUAGCAUCGAUUUCAGCAGCAACUUCUCUAGGUGGUGCUCUUUCUACUGAUGUUCCUUCAGGAAGCGGUGGUGGGACUUCGCUGAAAUUGAGUGCUUUCAAACCAUACAGUAGUGUGAGUACAAGUGCGAAGAAGAAAAGCUCGAUAAGUGAUGCAAAUGCCAUUGUUACUUCGGAGUUCGAUGUGAAUGUGUGCAAGUGGAAUCCGUUCAUGAGUGCACCAUACAAAGAAUGCACAACGACAGCAACUAGCUCUAAACGUAAUGCGAUGAUGGAUGAUCGAAGUUUUGGACGAUGUUUCGAUGAGCUUCCGCGUAGUAAUCAACUCACUUCUGCUGGCGGAGGAACAAGAAACGAAACAGUGGCAGAAUGUUGUGAUCAGUUGGUCGCCAAUUUCGAUCCGUCGGAUCCAUUUGGCGCAGCUCCAUUCACUUCGUUUAAUUUAAGCAAAGUCUCAGUGGCAACAAACUCUUUGCAAAAACAACAAGAUAAGAGGCAGUACAGCGAUGAUGAAAAACCAGAUGUGAAUUUUUAUGCGGAAACGGGUUGCGCUGUUCUGGAGGAUGAAAGUGAAUGUGAUGAGGUGCGUAUGGAGAGUCGACGACGAUUCAGCUAUGAGCACUUUGAUGGGGUCGGCGAUAACGCGUCUUCGGAGAGUCGCGAUCCACAAGACGAUUUCACCAGUGAGGAUGACGAUGUCACUAAGGCAGAGGGUAUAAGUGAUUGGUCGACAAGUCGAUCGCAUGAAGGCGGUGUUGAAUGGAUGUUGUCCGAUGAAAAUGCUCAACAUGAUGAGGGCGAAGAGGAGGAUGAGAACGAUUCGGAUAAGAUGUUAAGAGGAGGCGAUACUGAUUGUGUUGGUGAUAAGGGUAGGAGAAAGCAAACGGAAGAACGACAGUUAUUGUUAUUAUUAUCGAAUAACGAUGUAGCUAACGAAUCGAAUAUGAACAGACAAAAAAUUUCGUCGUCAUCAUUUCCAUCGUCAUCGUUGGUGAUCAAUAAAUCAGGAAAUUUACAACGUAACAUCGAAGAGACCAUAAAAAUUUCGAAUUCAUCCAGUGGAUUAUCAUUAUUGGAGAAUAUUUCAACGUAUAAUACAACUGAAUCUUCAUUAUCCGCUUCCUCUAGCGAUUCUUCAUCUACCUCAACAACAACAUCCACUUCUGAAUUUGCAUUCACUCAGUCGUCCGCUCUAAACCAACAACAAAACGCUGGCAAUAAUGCCGAAGAAAAACUUCCUUCACGAGCCCUGGCAGCAGCAGCAACAGCAUCUAAGAGUGUUCAAUCAGAAAAUGCUUUUCAUCAACAACAAACGCUCAAUAAUUCAGUCCAAAUAACCACAGCGCAAAUCAGGCACGAUGAAUCAAAUCUAUCACAACAACGCAAGUUCAUAAAUUCACCAGAACGAUGCUCGAUCUCGUUGAAUAAUGAUCGUGACCAGCAACAAGAGCAUUAUUAUUUUUAUGGCAAUGAAAACAAGCAAAAUGGUAAUUCAAAGCCGAACACCACCGAGACAGUACCCACAAGUGCAGCCGUUGUGCUUCAGCAGCAACUUCAGUCUGCAGGUGUUUAUCAUCAAUAUUAUCAAGCCGCAACGACCACAACAACAAAUCCAUUCGCUUCAGAAGCUCUGGCAGCAGCAACUACUAGCGAAAAAGUGCAUUUGGAGAAUUUAUCAUCCGCUCAAACAACUCAUCCAUCGACGACGAUUAUGGUUUCAUCGAUAUUCGCCAAUGAUGAUAUUCAUAAGCAACAACAACAACCACCGAAACCGUCUUCAUUGUCCUUCCCUUCAGCAUCGACAUCCUCCUCACCAUUUGUUGUUCAUCGUCUAACCGGAUCUACUGCUACAGGUGAAACAACUCGAGUGGAAGGGAAAUCGGAUGAUCAAAAUCUGAAUCUGAAUUUAUCUCCGCCAAUGUCAGUUUGCGAUGUAACGGCGGCGACGAAUAGAACAGAGGCAGCAGCAGCAACAACACCUCAACAACAAUCAGUUGAUGCUCCUUGUUCGAGCUCUGUAAUGAGCCAUCAUGCAACAACAACAACGACCAAUUAUUGUUUCUUAUGUGCGCAUAAAACCGAUUCAACAUCGCAUUGUUGUUGUCGUUCGGUUGGAAGUGUUACUGCUGAUAUGAUUGCGGCUGUUAAUGUGCAACUUGAAACGGGAUUUGCUGGUUGUAAUAAUGAUGAUGGUGAUGCGCAAACACGACUCAGAGCUAGAACACUUCCAACAACAAUAAGUGAACAGCCGAUUGUCAAGACAAAACGGGUAUCGUUGAGCCGUACUUCAUCAUCUAGCGAUGAGCAGUCAGCGCAAACGACAACAGACGAUAGUGGCGCUGAAAUGUUUUCUUGUGAGUCGUCAACAACAAAUUCGAAAUCUCCGUUAGUUGCUGCAAUGGUCGGACGAAUGCAUCACCACCAUCAUCAUCAACGGAAGAAAUCAUCGGGUAAACCUUCAUCAAUGUCAGCCACAUUGAACGCGUCAAGUUUCGUGAACAGUACUUUUCAAGGUGAAGAUUUCGAAACGACACCAACAUCAUCCACAAUGAAAAAGGAUGUGAUGAGUCGCAAAUCAUCAUCGUUUUGUUAUCACGAUCAAAAUCAAACAUCUUCGACAAAGAAAUCCACUCAUAACAGUGCCACUUCAAGCGAUAAGAAUAAUAAUAAUAAUGAUAAUAGUGAAAAGAAGAAAGCAACAAGUGAUGAGAUGGCGUCGUUGAUUUACAUGAAACAAGUGCUGGAUAUUCUCGAUGAAUCACCUGAUUUGAAGAAGUCGUGGUGGGGUGUCGCUAAACAAACCGGUUAUGCGGCCAGUGGAGCUGCAAUCGGCGGAAUUGUCGGCGGUCCAGCUGGUGCGCUCGUAGGUACGUUGAUUGGCGGAGUCGUUGGAUAUUCAAGAGCAGAUCCAUACGAUAGUUUGAUAACAACUUUAAAUCGACUAUCAGAUCGUGAAAAGAUGCGUCUGGCCAGAAAAAUUCAAAUUCUUGUGGGAAGUGUAACGAUAGCCGAAUUCGUGAAUUGGAUUCAAUCAGAAAAUAAUCGUAAAAUCCUAUUUGAUUUGCUACAGAACUGUAUCAACAAUUCAUCUUUCAGUUAUACGUAA